AUGCCCACUGUGACAGUCAGCUCUCCAUUGUUUGGUGUUGAUUGUGAGAUGUGCCUCACAUCUAUAAAGCAAUUAGAACUUACUAGUAUUUCUGUUGUUAAUGAACAAGGAAAAUUAGUGUAUCACACACUUGUGAAACCACAAAACCGUAUCAUCAACUACUUGACAAAAUAUUCAGGAAUCACUGAAGAAAAACUUCGAUAUGUUAAGAAAACACUGAAAGAUGUUCAUAAUGAUCUGCGCAAUAUAUUGCCUAAAGAUGCUAUUCUGGUGGGACACUCACUCAAUUCAGAUCUCAAGGCAAUGAAGAUGAUGCAUCCUUAUGUAAUUGAUUCAUCACUGAUAUACAACCUGACCCACUGUAGAAAACGUAGGUCGUCACUGAAGUUAUUAACAAAAUUGUACCUAAAGAGAGACAUCCAGGAGAAUACAAUAGGGCACGACCCAAGUGAAGAUGCUAAAGCCUCACUUGAACUUGUUCUGCACAAACUGAAAUAUGAUAUUGCAUAUGGUGAUGUCAUCCAGGGUGCAAAGAUCAUUCAAAGUCAGCAUGAAGUAGAUAUAGAUUCUGAGAAACAAGAGGACACAUAUAAAGAGAAUGAACCAUUUAGUACUGCAGAAGAGGGAAGUCCACAUGCAUAUGCAUAUAGUAUAUUUCAGGUAUCUGUGAAGCACUUAGUCACCAGGAAAGCAGUUUGUAUUUUGAGUUCCUACCCCAAGUGUCGAGACAUAGGCACCACUAACUCAGCUGUCAACAAACCCCUUCCUCACAUCAUAGACUUGCAAAGCAUUAUUCACAACUGUGACAAAACCAGUCUUGGACAACAUGGCUUGGUUGGAUGGAGUUCUUGUCCUGAAUAA